AGCAGCGCCGCGCUGGUCACGUGACGCCUGCGUUUCCGACACACAACAACUCACCACCGGAUCGGUCAGCAGUCGCUUUCCCCCCCCUCGCCUGGCUCUCAGUAUGGCGGACGGCGAGAGGUCCCCGCUACUAUCCGACCUCGGAGACGGCGCUCUCGGCAGCGGGAACGGCGGCGUUUCUCCUGGUUCGGCGCCGUACGGAGCUCCCAACAAGCCCCAGAGCUUUCCGCCUUUCCCCAGCCCCACCCAGCCUUCGGUGCUCCUGGGCGAAGACCCUCCACCGUACUCGCCCCUCACCUCGCCAGAGAGUGGCAGCGCCCCUGUCAUCAGUUGCAGGGUUUGCCAGAGUCUGAUUUCGGUGGAGGGUAAAAUCCACCAGCAUGUAGUGAAGUGUGGCGUAUGCAAUGAAGCUACGCCUAUUAAAAAUGCCCCAGCAGGGAAGAAGUACGUCCGCUGCCCCUGCAACUGUCUGCUCAUCUGCAAAGUCACCUCCCAGAGGAUUGCCUGUCCUCGGCCAUAUUGUAAGAGGAUAAUCAACCUUGGCCCGGUUCACCCAGGGCCGGCCAGCCCGGACCCCCAGCCGGCCGGAGCCCGGGUCUCAUGUGGACACUGCAGCAGCACGUUCCUGUGGACAGAGUUCACAGACCGGACGCUGGCCAGAUGCCCGCACUGCAGGAAAGUCUCCUCGAUCGGUCAGCGGUAUCCCAGGAGGCGGAGCUUGUGGUGUUUUCUACUCUGCUUGCUGUUCAGCAUCUCCACCGCUGGUCUGAUUGCUGGAACAUGGAUGAAGGCUCAGACCUAUCAGGGGAUCUACGCCUCGUGGGCCGUGCUGCUGCUCCUGGUGCUCCUCACCUUAGCCCGGGCGUUCUACUGGGCCUGCAUGAGGGUCAGCCAGCCGCUCCAGAACUUCACAUGAAGCCCCCCCCCCCCCCCCCCCCACACCUCGGUGUCUUUCCAAAAACCCCCAACGCGUCAAGCAGGAGGAUGGACGGCUUUAAAACAGAAGAAUACUGAUUAUUUAUUAAAUUCCGGAAAGCCGUCGUCCUCCUUUUACUUUUAGCCUACUUGUGUUUCUAAAACUGGAUGGCGGUCGCUGCAAUAUACCUGUCAGUGCUGAUGAUGCGUAUAGCCUAAUGUACCUUAUCUAUCCUAAUCUCGUGGCCAGUGUGGGUUUUUUUUUUUUUUUAACACCUGUUUUGUCUGUCUCCGCCUUUUUGCCGCUUUUUAAAUUUCUCUAAAAAUCCCGCCGCCUCCGUUUCACCGCCACAACUCAGAUCCUAGACAUUGUUUCAAUGAUCACUCUUGAAUCUUUAGUCUCUCUAGCGUUUUUUUUUUUCUUUUCUUACGUGAAUGGAGCGAUGAAGUCCGAGGAAUCUUGAAGUAACGUCUGUCGGUGACGUCGGCUUCUCUUUGUCGCUCGCGUUGUUGUGGAAACGCCGAGUUUGCGGAGGUUUGACAAGGAUGCUUCUGAACUGUGCACGAUUCUGUGCAGUCCCCCGGGACUUGCUUUCAUCCAAAGCAGCUUGAAAGCCUUAAGAAGAAGUUGCGAUAGCAGGAUUGAACACACACACACACACACUUUCAUACGCAGCCGUACGAAUGCCUAUCAGCACAAUGGAGGACGCUUUUUGAAAACAUCUGUUGAGACUUCCCAGCCUCUGUCUCCAAGGACAGACCUGCGAACAUCAUUGUUGUUAUUUCAGCAAAAGCAAAUCUUCCACAUUCAGAACUUUCUCCAACUCGGAGAGGAGCGGCGGCGGCGGCGGCGGUGGCUCGCCCGCUCGCCUCUUAGCAACCGCGUUUGAACUCGCUGCCAGUUGAGGAGGAGGGCGGGUUCACACCAGGCGCUCCAACUUCCUCCCACAGAUCAGAAACACACGGCUUAGGAUAAUUGAACACGGUAAAUUGUGUCUGUCUGUCAGCGCCGUACUGCGACUCACCCCAUCUUGCUCACCGCGUCGGAUCACGCAUCCCCCACAAUCCUGUUCGGAUAAGCACGGUGGCUAAUGAUAGUGCCUCGCGGCUACGCUCAACUUUCCGUCAUCAGACAUGUUGGAAACAAACGUAAAUAAAUAAAAGCACAGAUUAGCAACCCGGACGUAAAACUUUCCAAACCGAAACAUCCUUUAUAGCCGGGAACGUCUCCCCCUCACCCAAUAGUGGUUUACCUACCCAAAAUCUACUGAUUUAAAAUGAAAGCCUUGACGGCAAGUAUCUCAUGCAGAUGGUCAGCUAGUUGGUCGACAGUCGAUGUUUGAGAUUUGAGCCACAUCAUUAUGCCGACAGAGAUUCUGUGUCACACACGGCCACAUGAAUGACUCAAGAUGGCCGUCUUCUAGUGUCCACAAAGGGACCGCAUGUCCGUUGGAAUGUGUUCACACCAGAAUCUAGUGGCGACUCUUGGCCUCAUGAGGAACAUCAGGGGACACGAGUGAAAUUUCUUGUGGCUCUAUCUGAAGUAUACAAUGAAGCGCAAGCCACCACUGUUCAGGCAACUCACCUUGACUUCACCUGCCUCUCCUCCCAUAAACAUAUCGGAAAAUGUUCAUUUAAAACAUCACCGGUUCCUAAACAUGGAGAGAGAUUGGUUCCAAAUUCUGACCAUUUAGACCUUAUCUGUCCCAAAAUGAAUCUCAAUCUACUGAUAUCUUUGACUGGAAACUAUUGGUGGUUAAAGGUUCAGUUUACCGCCGGAGCAUGGCUGAGUGCAGAUCAGUGGGCGUCCCAACGGUGGCGCUGUUCUGACGGAGGUUUUCUGACUCAAGCUGACGUCCGUGUCGUCAAUAGAGACAGAGGCUGCUCCUGAGAGGUCCGUUUUAGAUGCAGCUCAAACUUCUAGGCCAGUGACCCACACACACACGUGUCUCGCCCCUCCUCGGUUCUGAAUGCUGCUUUUAUAAGACUGUAUUUUUUUCUGUUGUAAAUAUGUUUGUUGUUUGUAAAUAGAAGUGACUAAGCAAACGAUGUUGCACUCCCAGGUUUUAACACUACGGCUGUGAUCAAAGUUUUAUUUGUCGUCUGAUGGUUAGUUUUUGUCGCUACAAUCGCGCUCUUUCUGUUUGACAAGCUACUAACCGAAUGGGCCUCUGGACACCGUCUGAAACCAUCACAUGGACAGCCAACACAUUCCAGUACACACACACGCACACACACACCGAUGGGAUACCGCAGGUCAGGUGACGGCCCCUUGCUGAAUUGAGCACGCCGGCAGUCGCCAUGUUUGCACCUCCGCACAGAUCAGAGGGCAUUUAGCUCCAUUCCUACAUUCACUGCUUCCACAUCUGGUCCGAGUCACCGCCGCCGUGUUGUCGUGAAGACUUGGGCCGACGACUCGUGGAGCGUGAUGGAACAGACCCCUAUAGAAGUCAUGUUAUUCGGAGAUCCUGGCUGAUGCUCUUUCAGAGUUUGUUUACACACAAAUAAAGACAUGAUGAUGUAUCCGA